AAGGAUAGGAUGUUUCGGGAUAGUACACGACAAAGCAGAGUGAGCAUAGAGCUAUCAAGCCGAGGAAAUCGCUGCGGAAAGAAGUUGAGGUCGAGUAAUUUGCAAUCGACAGUUCGCUUAUAUAAAUGCACAAUAUUAUAGGGAUUUGCUAGAGGUAACUUUGACAGUUAAACUCGGAAGAGGCUGGCAUUUCAACAAGAGAUAUAAAAAUGUCGUCUCCAAGUCCAGGUAAAAGGCGAAUGGAUACCGACGUGGUGAAACUCAUUGAGAGUAAACAUGAAGUCACAAUUUUGAGUGGGCUUAAUGAAUUCGUAGUGAAGUUUUAUGGACCACAAGGAACACCAUAUGAAGGGGGUGUAUGGAAAGUACGAGUAGAUCUUCCAGACAAAUACCCAUUUAAAUCUCCAUCUAUAGGGUUCAUGAAUAAGAUCUUUCAUCCAAACAUCGAUGAAGCAUCUGGGACUGUGUGUUUAGAUGUGAUAAAUCAGACAUGGACUGCUCUUUAUGAUCUCACCAAUAUUUUUGAAUCGUUCCUGCCACAGCUACUGGCAUAUCCCAACCCCAUCGACCCCCUGAAUGGGGAUGCUGCAGCCAUGUAUUUGCACCGACCAGAGGAGUACAAGCAGAAAAUCAAAGAAUACAUUCAGAAAUAUGCAACAGAGGAGGCUCUGAAGGAGCAAGAAGAAGGUGCAGGGGACUCUUCAUCAGAAAGCUCCAUGUCUGAUUUCUCAGAAGAUGAGGCACAGGAUAUGGAAUUGUAGUGGAAUACAAACACACCUCUUCUUUAUUGCAGAGACUAUAUAAUUUCCUAAACAUGAGAAGCAGACUAUAAUAUUCAUAUUUAAACGAGGCAAUUUUAUUAUUAUUAUUAUUAUUAUUAUUAUUAUUAUUAUUAUUAUUACUAAAUCUGGAUUUUUAUGUCUAUCUAGCAUUGAUAAUGAAUACAUCACCAUCUUUAGGUGUUCUUUCUCUAUUUCUUUGAGUCCUCUCUCUCUCUCUCUUCUCCCAGUUUUACCACCCUAGCUCAUAGUGUUCCCCUUACAUUCCGUGUUGGUCUACCUAGAGUACAUAUCACUACUGAAUGUUAUAUUACCAUACAUGCCCCCCCCACCACUCCACCCCACCCCACCCACCCACCCAAUUGACUAGACUAUUAGAGUCAAUUGUCCAUGAGGAUAAAAGUCAUACUUUUUCAGUUUUGAGACAUUAGUCACUUUCCAGAAUUUCAAUUUGAAUGGUCCAUUAUGGGUUGUAGCAUUAAAUUCAAAUGCAGCCAAUUUCCAUCUCCAGCAUUGUGACAGCAAAUAUAUAUUUUCCAAACCACUUACAUAGGUUCAACUAUGCUUGAAAGCACAAGCACAAACUCUGAUACUGAGUAAAACACAAAUGGAUGUGCUAAUUAGAUAAAAAAGAUGUGAAUUUUCAUCUUCAUUGAGUUGUCCUGUUGAAAAUGCUUGUGAUUUUUAUAGAGUCUAAAUGUUAAUUAGGGGAUCAGAUCAAUGAUUGUAAAAAUUCCAUUUCUUCUGAACAAGUGGGAAUCCUUAAGGUCAAGGCCUACACUCAUGGUCCAGGAUGCUUAAAGGCAGUACUACCAAAGUUACAAUGAUAGUCUUGCUUAAAGCUCAGUCCUUAAGCCCAGAUCUAUGGCUACAGUGUUUCUUCAGUUGCACUAGGUAAAUUGGACAGGGUGUGUUGAGCUAUGUGUGGUUUGAGAUCACACACCCUUUGUCACCUGUUUUUUGUUUCCUGACAAGAAUUUUAAUUGCUCCCUUGGUAUAGCCUAUAUUGUCAGUCAUAAAAAAAAACCAACCUAAAAUCUAAGAGGGAACUUCCUGUUGUUUUAUUAAUUUUUCCCCAAAUUCACUUUUAGUUUUCUCUAUAGCUGUGUUUGGAUAGAACAAAAGAGCUGCCAAACUUGUUUUCCAUCUCUCAUUUGAGUCUUACUUUCUGCAUGCCUUAAAACAAGUGAAAUUGUGGACAUGCCCCAAGAUCUCAGUCUGCCAUGUCAAGUAUGUGAAGCUUCAUUUAGUCGCAGACUCAAUUAAAAAUUUCUUUAGUCUUUGCCAGGGGUGGGGUUCCUCCCCAAGUAAGCAAUUUGCACUCUUGCAGGAUAGACUUUGACUCAGUUUAUUAAGGACUGUAGUAUUUUAACGGGUCUGCACCCUGGUACAUGGGCUGGCUGUAGUACAUGGGCUGCAUGGAUCUCACACUGUAAAACUGAUUAGUACACUUAAUGCGUACACUUAAUCAGAAAAAGUAGUGGUGCAGUUUGUCCACAAAAAUGGGGUAUUGUCCACCUUUGUACUUUGCUCUAGGUUCAAGUCUCAUUUGACCACAUUAUAUACAGAAAUAAACUCUUGUAUAGUGCGUUCCCA